GAAGGACUAAUCACUAAUCUCUUCGUUAAUGCGGACAACCUCCUUAUGUACUGGCAUAAAUUACUAGGAAGCUUUGUGACAAGGACAUGCAAGUUGGUGUUCAGAAGGAUCUCUUGGUGAAGUUAGUUUUGGUUUAAAACUUUGUGUGGAAGUUCCAUUUUUAGGAUUGACUGGGUAAAAAUGUUUGUGUUUGGAUGUAUGUUUUGUUUUUAUGGGUAGGCACAGUGUUUGGAAGCUUCUUUCAAGUUUUUUUUUUUGUUUUUUAGUUCGCUGGUUAUUUUUUUUUUUUUUUGCAUACAUGUGUUUGGAUUGGGAAAGAAGGUUUCUUUAUCUAUGAAAGGAGUAGUGUUUGUCUGAGUGCAUGUGUGUCUAUUGCCUGCCAUGCCCUUGCCUCCGCCUGAUGUCCCAGCCACUCAGAGGCUGGCACUGGACUGUCGUACCCUUCUGGACCAUCGUUUUGGCAAGGGGGUUUGUGGCUGUUGCGGGGCACUCAGGCCUCGGUAUAAGAGACUGGUAGACAACAUCUUCCCGGAAGAUCCAGAGGAUGGGCUGGUCAAAGCCAACAUGGAAAAGCUGACAUUCUACGCCUUGUCAGCUCCGGAGAAGCUGGACCGUAUCGGAGCCUACCUGUCUGAGAGACUGUCAAGAGAUGUGGCUCGACAUAGAUACGGGUAUGUAUGCAUAGCCAUGGAAGCUCUGGACCAGCUGCUGAUGGCCUGUCACUGCCAGAGCAUUAACCUGUUUGUGGAGAGCUUUCUGAAGAUGGUGCGCAAGCUUCUGGAGUCCGACAAACCCAGCCUGCAGAUCCUAGGAACCAACUCAUUUGUAAAAUUUGCCAACAUAGAAGAGGAUACGCCAUCAUACCACCGCAGUUAUGACUUUUUCGUGUCCCGCUUCAGUGAGAUGUGCCAUUCAGGCUAUGAGGACCCAGACAUCCGCACCAAGAUCCGCAUGGCGGGUAUCAAGGGUCUGCAGGGUGUGGUGAGAAAGACGGUCAAUGAUGAGCUGCAGGCCAAUAUCUGGGACCCUCAGCACAUGGACAAGAUUGUCCCCUCGCUGCUUUUCAACCUGCAGAGCGGAGAGCGUACUGAGAGCCGCUCUCCCUCUCCGCUGCAGGCAUCGGAGAAGGAGAAGGAAAGCCCGGUGGAGCUGACGGAGCGCUGCUUUAGGGAGCUGCUUGGACGAGCCGCCUAUGGCAACAUCAAAAAUGCCGUCACGCCCGUACUGAUGCACUUAGAUAACCACUCUCUAUGGGAGGGAAAGACCUUUGCAGUGCGUUGCUUCAAGAUCAUCAUGUACUCCAUUCAGUCCCAGCACUCUCACUUAGUAAUUCAGCAACUUCUUGGUCACCUGGAUGCUAACAGCAAGAAUUCGGCCACAGUGCGAGCUGGUAUAGUGGAAGUGUUGCUGGAAGCAGCUGCCAUUGCAGCCAGUGGCUCUGUAGGUCCUACAGUACUGGAGGUCUUCAACACUCUGCUGCGGCAGCUUCGCCUUAGUGUAGACUACGAGUUGACCGGCUCGUAUGACGGCAGCACCAACAUCGGCACCAAGAUCAUCAAAGCUCACGAGGAGAGGCAGCUGCAGGAGGCUGUAAUCAGGACCAUUGGUUCAUUUGCCAACACUCUACCAACUUACCAGAGGUCAGAGGUCAUGCUCUUCAUCAUGGGAAAAAUCCCUGUCCCUGGAAUUCACCUUACUUUGCCCUCCUCAGACUCUGGGCCUGAGGGCACCAGGAUGAUUCAGGUUAUGUUACUCAAGUCCUUAGUUCAGGUAACUGCAGGUUUCCAGACUACCAACAUGCUGACAGCGCUGCCCAGCUCUUUCUUGGAGCCCCUGCUGUCCUUCUCUCUGACCGAGGAUCCAGAGGUCCGUCUCUUGGUGCUUCAAAUCCUCCUCAGUCUUAUUGACAGGCAUGACAACAGGCCCAAGUUUGCCAAUAUGAGCAUCUCGGACAUCUCUGUGCUGAAGCUCAAAGUUGACAAGUGCUCCAGGCAGGACAAUUUAUUCAUGAAAAAGCAUGGCCAGCAGCUAUAUCGACACAUCUACCUGGGCUGUAAGGAAGAGAGCAGCGGCCGGCAGCACUAUGAGACCCUCUUUGCCCUGUUAGGUCUUCUCAGCGUGGAGUUGGCCAAUGAAGAGGUGGUAGUGGAUCUGAUUCGCCUCGCACUUGCCUUGCAGGACCUGGCUCUGUCCACCGAUGAGGCUCUGCCUGUUUAUAACCGCUGUGCUGUUCAUGCCCUUGUCGCCGCCUACCUCAACCUCAUUUGCCAGCUCACCACCGUCCCAGCCUUCUGCCAGCACAUACACGAGGUAAUUGAGGUGAGACAGAAAGAAAGUCCUUACCUUUUGCCUGAGGCCGUGUUUGUUGAAAAUCCAAAACUGUCUUCUUCACUGGACAAACUGGAAGGGGAUGUAUUGUUCCUCCAGUCAAAGAUCACAGAGAGCCUUGGAGGAAGUGGUUAUAACACAGAGAGACUGGCUACACCUUAUGUCCCUCAGUAUACUGAUGAGGACCGUCUGUCCAAGAGAAAGAGCAUUGGCGAGACCAUCUCACUUCAGGUGGAGGUUGAGUCCCGAAAUAGCCCAGAGAAAGAAGAGAGGACUCCAGCAGAGGAGAUCACAUUUGAAACCCUGAAAAAUGCCAUUGUGGACAGUGUCGGUAUGGAGGAGCAGGAGAGGGAGCGGAGGAGACAAGUGGUGGAAAAGUUUCAGAAGGCCCCCUUUGAGGAGAUAGCUGCCCACUGUGGUGCUAGGGCCACACAACUGCAGAGCAAACUAAAUCAAAUUUUCGAGAUCACAAUCAGACCCCCUCCCAGCCCGUCUGGAACCAUUUCAUCAGGUUACGGCCAAAGCCAGAGUCGAUCUGUACCCAUUUACGAGAUGAAGUUUCCUGACCUUUGUGUUUACUAAACCACAAAGUCUUCAGCAACACAAGCAUACAAUAAAGCCUUCAAGGACAGAAAAGAGAUUUGGAAGGGCAACCGAUCUUCACUGUAAAAUUGUCUUGACCGUGGAAUCAAAUGGCUGCAGUGCAUAUAGUACAAACUCAGCUGCAACUAAAGAACAAGCCACCUCUUGAUUAACUUAGCUAAGAUUUUCUUUUAGCCUUUGAUUGCAGCCAUAACAAGCUGGCCAGUGUCAGUGAAUUAAGCAGUAAAACAAACAUAUUUCACUCACUUCUGCUUAGACCCGAGUCACACAGGCCUAGAGACUGGUUAGACAUUUGGCAACCACCGGUCGCUAAGGAAAGAUGUGUAAUCUGUGAUCAGUUGGGGAGUGGUUGCUGGCAGUUGCUGGGUGAAAUCGGUUGCAAAGAGGGUGCUGUACCAAAAACCUCCUCGUGACUGCUUUGGUUGGUAGAAGAUUACCGCAGUCGCCCGUAGGUUGCAUGGAAGAUGCCAACUUGUAUGCAACUAACCACUGAGCUUUAGUGAAACUGCGACGCAACCCGGAAAAGGAGACUGUUCGCCUUCAGAUAAAAGUUGUGCCUUACCACUGAAAUCAGCAAGUUUCAAAAGGUGCAGCUUUUACUUUGAAGACGAGUUUUGCACCUUCAGCAAGUGUUUCCAGACAAGCCCGUGUCUUCUGUGCAAACUGCAGGCAACUGUGGCAAUCUGCUACUGAUGAAAGCAAUCGCAAAGAGGGUUACGGUGCUGCAUUGUAUACCACUUCGCAACUAAAGAGGUAUACGGUGCUUCACCUAACAGCAGCAGACAACCUCCUGCAGCUACUCACCAACCAGUCACUGAAUACACUUUUUUCCCCAGUGACCGGCGGUUAGCAGUGAGUAACUACUUGGCCUCUAAGUCUGUAUGAUUGGGGCUUAGUAAUUAAUUUUAAGGUGACCACUGGUUGCCAGGUGGUCUCCAACUGGUCUCUAGGCCUGUGUGACUGGGGACUUGGAUGUCUGUAGAAACUCCACUGGUUGGAUUUUCAAAUUAGAAAUUGCCAAGAACUGUGAGAGAAAACAUGAAAUGUUAUAUAUCGUUUUGAGAAUGAGUGGAGUCGUUGCAUGCCCGCAACUGGAAACUUUUUGAUAGCACUACAAAUUCUUGGGCAUUUUUUUGUUUUGUUUUAUUUUUUACCUGUUUGUCCCUUCCAGGGUGCAAUACUACCUUUGAUCAUAAAAUUAGAUCGACCAACCCUUCUUAUAUUUUUUUAUUGUUUUGAUGACCGGGAAGAGUGUAUGUUGAACUGAAGCAUUUUAGUUUACUUGACAGUGUAUUUGUGUGUAUCUUUGAUUGUUAGUUGGGUAGCCAUAAAGGUAAUUACUUAGAUCUCCCACACCACUUAGCUCUUGAGCAUCUGUCUUUUAUGCUUUAUUAUAGCUUGGUUUUGCCUUCUUAGUGUUAGCCAGAAGUGCUUUUUUCUUUGUUUCCUUUACCAAAAUAUUAGUCUAAUUAAAAAUUACUUAGAACAUAUAUAAAAACACACAUUGCAUCAGUCAUGACCACGUUAAAGGAUUCACAAGAAUGUUUAUCAGGUCAAAUGCUAAGAAAAGUAUUUUUUCCCCCCCCUUUCCAUAUAAAUGUGUACAUACAGAGGAAUAUAUAAAUCUUUAAGCUGAUGUACAGCGUAAGGAUGUUUGUGUGUGUGUGUAUAUACUGUAUAUUCUGAUUUUAGACUGCCUCUGCACUGGUUGUGUUCGUAGAUAAAGGAGAAAUCCAGCUAGUUAUUCAGAAACCUAAUGUUAAAAUCUCCAAUGAGUAACCAGCAACACAUGAAGUCACAACAGGAGAAAUUUGCAUCAACUCAAGGCCAGAAUGUCCCACUAACUAAUGAAGGGUUACUGAGCUGAUGCUGGAAAAGCAGGUUUAAAAAAAAAAAAAAGAUUUUCAGCUUUACUCAGACUGGUUUCAUUACUGUCAUCCUGACCUGUAUUGUUCCCAUUACAUUCUCAAUCCUGCUGGAAUGAGUUUGCACUAUGAUUUUUUUUUUUUUUUUUUUUUUUUUUUUUUUUUGUACUACGCUGCAGCUUUUAAGCUGCACAUCUAAGCAAGAUUCAAAUACAUCUAAAACCCAUUGUGUGCGCACAGUCACACACAGGUAUACAAAGUAUGAUGGCAAUAAUUUGGCACGAAGUCUGGCUAACACGGCCCAACUGUAGGUAGCAGAUCAUAUUUGUGCGUUUUAAGUUGUGCCUGCUGUUGUCGUGGUGCUGUGAUGGUUCAGUUUUGUGGCAUUUUGAAGAGACCACCUGUUGCGCUCUCUCUCUGUGUGUCUCUGUGCUGCUUCUGUGAGUGAACCACACCGAUUCCAGCCAUCCUGCGACCAUCUUGAUCAGGGUAGAAGGUGGUGUCUGCUUCAUCCCUGUCAUGAGCCGCAGUUUGACUGGCUCCGUUUGUUUUCUUCUUCUUUUUUUUUCAUGUCAUGUCCUGUGUAUAUCUGUAUCACCACAUGCCAGUGUAUAAGAUUGUCUGUUCAUGUUUACCCUUUUUACCAGUGUGUGAGUGAGCAUAUUUAUGUGUCUGUGCUAACACUCGUACAGGUGUGUGUGCGUGUCUGUGUCAUCAUUACCGAAGACCAAGCUCUCCAGAUGUGGUUUACAGUUUUGUCCAGUGAUUCUUUCUACCUUGUGAAUGCAGAAAAAGCUACUUAACAGCAGCGUGCAGCUGUUUAAACCUUCCAGUGACACCUUGUAAAAUUUGUGUUUUCAGCAUCUUGAACUUGGCAGUGAAGACCUGUAGUCCACGUGUCCUCAUUGCAUCGUGUAAUUUGAUAUUAACUGACGGUAAUCCAAACUUACUUUUUGUCAUUACAUGUCUGGUUAAUAGGAUCUGUUUACAAUGUAGUGCUGUAGGUCAAAUCUAUUCAUUCUGUGAACUUUGCACUUUAAAAACUGGAAUACCUAGUGACAAAGGCAGCUUUUACAUGGAGAAAAUGCCUUACGCGUGUCAUACCUGACUUUGCAUGCUAGUUGAUGUUGCCGUGUUGUACAAUAAAUUUAUCUCUAACCAUGAAA